AUGGUGUUCAAGCCGUUUACCCACCUCGCGCGUCAGAGUUUCACGAAGGCUUUCACCCAUGGCUAUGCUCAGUCCGUAGUCGCCGCCUCCCAGUCCUCCUACGCCUCCUCCACCACUCUCAAUUCCAUCGCCAACCAGCCAGCCAAGCUCUCGCGCACCGCCCUCCAGAAUGUCUUCCAGCCUUCCAGCUCGUCCGGCGCCGGCGCCAAGGCCAGCCAGGGCGCCUCCGGCAACGGCGAUCUUGGCCUAGCCGCCUAUUACGCCGCCUGGCAGCACGCCCAGCAGACUGGUGAUGACAGCGACUGGAAACAGUUACAGGUCAAGGGAAAGAUCGGCUGGAAGCCCUCGCAUGAGGACGGCACCGAUGCCAAGGACAGAGACGAGAACAACAACUUCCAGAACGCCCCCCAUAUAACCAAGGCCUCCGCCAACGCCGAUGUCAGUGCCAAGGUCGAGGAGGCCGUGGCCCGCGAGAUCCAGAUCCAGGAAGAGCAGGCCCAGGCCGAGGAGGCAUCCGAGGCCAAGGAGGACACCGAAACGGAGGCUUUCCCCGAGCUGCCGCCCGACGUCGCCGCCGUCGCCGACGCGGCCACCGAGCAAUCCCGCCUGGCCUCAGAGCACAUCACGGAGCUCGCCGCCAGCCAAAAGUACACCGAGAUCCCCAGGGCGUUUGCGGCCCUCCUCCGCGAUGGCCUGACGCCCACGGUCGGCGCGUACAAUGCCCUGCUGGAGUCGGCCAUCCAGCUGCACGGCGACACCGCGCAGGCCAUCCAAAAGGCCCUGGAUGUCUACUCGGACAUGCUCCGGCGCCGGGUUAUCCCUGACCAGCAGACGUACCAGACCCUGGUGCAGCUGUUUGUCGUCCGGGCCCAUGAUACCAUCAAGUCCAAGGAGCUGCUCGAACAGGAGCGGGUCCGCUACGGGGGUAUGGAGGAGCCCGGCAAGUUCAUGCUGCACUCCAGCGAGCUGGAGCGGGCCAUGCUUGCCGAGGACCACUCGCUGGGCAUUGCGCUCAAGCUGUUCGGCACCGCCACGGCCCGCCAUACGGAGCUGGUCUUCUCGCUGGACACGUACCGCUAUCUGAUCACCGCCUGCGCGACGGAGGGCAAGGUCGAGGAGAUGAUCCGCGUCUACGCGCACAUGGAGUCGCACAAGGUGACCCCCCACGCGGCGAUUUUCCCUGCCAUGAUCGAUGCGUUUGCCUCGACCGGCGAUCUGCAGAGUGCGGUGGAGUGCUACAAUGAGUACAAGAGCCUCGCGGUGUCGGACGACAACGGCACGUUCUGCAUCGUGCAGCGGCUGGACGGCGCGGUGUAUGCGGCGCUGGUGCGGGCGUACCUGGCGUGCGGUAAGGAGGAGCAGGCCCUGCGAUUCCUGGAGCGGAUCAGCGCGUCGUUUGAAGAAGUGACGGAAAACAGGGAGGCACGCCAGACGGCUCUGGAGUCGGUGAUCGUGCAGGAGGGCCUAGUGCGUCAUGCCCUCGCCUCGGGUGAGCACGAACGGGCUCUGGAACAGGCCAAGACCCGGUUGCACGAUGGGGCGCUGGAUCAUGCCAUGUCUCAGAUCUGCAUUGCCGCGGCGGAUAAGGGUAAUCCACAGGCAGCUUCCGAAGCAUACGAUGCUCUCCCCACCGAUGCGACCGUCCGACAGGGGCCCGCCGUGUCCCUGCUGGCUCUGCACGUACGUCAGGGCAAUGUGUCAGCUGCCCGAUCGCUGUGGCUCUCUCUCAGCACGGCCGGUCAGGCAACGCCGGACAUGGUCCAGCCGACUGCCAUGUAUGCCGUCGCUCUGCUGAAGAGUGGGCAGAUCGAGGAGGCCCUGGUCCAAGCCCGCAAUAUGUUUGCCCGCAUCCGCAACGCUUCUACUUCUGCUUCUGCUGCCUCCUCGACUCACACCACCACUCUUAAUCCUAUCCGCGAACAGAUCAACGAAAGCCUUCACCUCCUCGGCCGUGUUCUUAUCCAGACUGCAGCCGUCCUCUCUCCCCAAGCUGCCAUGUCUCUCCUGUGGUCCAUGGUCGACAACGGGGGCCUGAUCUCGCCGGUCGCCGAGCACGUCGUCGCCAGCCUGGGCCCGGUGGGUAUCUCCCAGCUCAACGCCCGCGACCUCAUGCUUGCCCUGCAGGUCCAGGCCGGCAUGCUAGUCAACCACACGGCCAUGUUCGACGUCGCUCACCCCAUCCGCUUCGCCCACAUGCUUGACAUCGCUCUCGCCACCGGCCUGCCCAUGGAUGCUGUCACCACCGGCCUGGUCGACCAGGCGGUCGGCAAGCUGUUCAACAGCCGACCCGACAUGGUGAAGAGAUGGCACGACCACCUGGCCCUCACCUCCAGCCCGCCGUCAUCUUUCAUGAGCGGCCGCCACUCCCCCGGCUCGGACAUGUCGACGCUGACCCCCGUCUCCAGCGAAGAGUCGUUCGACCCGUACGCCUACGCCACCGACUUCCGUGGCUCGUCGAUGAUCGCCGAGGAGCUGGAGAGCACCGGCGGUAAGCCGGAGGCUCAUCUAAACGACGCCCUCGCGCGAGUCCGCAACAUGCGCCGCAACGCCCGUCACCCCCGCUACAUCACAUACGCCAAGAUGAUCAACGCCGCCACCAAGUGCAACCGGAUCGACCUGGUUUACGAGAUCCUCAGCAUGGCGCGCCGCGACGUGCCCCUGCUUCCCCAGUACAGCGCUGUCAAGUACGGCUGGGUCUCGAUCCUGGACGCCAUGGUGGCCUCGUGCCUGACCCUGGGCGACCGUAGCCAGGCCUCCAAGUUCCACCAGGAGCUGCUGGAGCUGGGCUCGGCUCCCUCCGCCAACACGUUUGGUCUCUACAUCACGACGCUCAAGGAAUCGACCAAGACGUUCGAUGAAGCCACCGAGGCGCUAAAGAUCUUCCACCGCGCCGUGGCAGAGGGCGUCGAACCGACCUCCUUCCUGUACAACGCGCUCAUCGGCAAGCUCGGCAAGGCGCGUCGCAUCGACGACUGCCUGCUCUACUUCGCGGAGAUGCGUGCCAACGGGGUGCGCCCGACCAGCGUCACCUACGGCACGGUCGUCAACGCGCUCUGCCGGGUCAGCGACGAGCGGUUCGCCGAGGAGAUGUUCGAAGAGAUGGAGUCGAUGCCCAACUACAAGCCCCGGCCCGCCCCGUACAACUCGAUGAUCCAGUACUUCCUCAAUACCAAGCGUGACCGCAGCAAGGUGCUGGCGUACUACGAGCGCAUGCUGACGCGCAAGAUCCAGCCGACGAUGCACACGUACAAGCUGCUGAUCGACGCACACGCCUCCCUGGAGCCGGUGGAUAUGCCGGCAGCCGAGAAGGUGCUCGAGACGAUCAAGGCGGCCGGCCAGCGCCCGGAAGCGGUGCACUACGCGUCGCUCAUCCACGCCAAGGGCUGCGUGAUGCACGACAUGAAGGCCGCACACACGGUGUUCAAGUCGGUCGUCGCCAGCAAGGUGCGCAUGCAGCCGUGCCUGUACCAGGCGCUCCUCGAGGCGAUGGUGGCGAAUCACCAGGUGUCGCAGACAGAGGAGAUCGCGCGGGACAUGGCGCGUCGCGGCGUCGAGAUGACGGCGUACAUUGCCAACACGCUCAUCCACGGGUGGGCGACGGAGGGCAAUGUGGUACAAGCGAAGAGCAUUUACGACAGCGUCGGCAUCGAGAAGCGCGAGCCCAGCACGUACGAGGCGAUGACGCGAGCCUUCCUGGCGGUGGACGACCGCGAGGGGGCAUCGCGCACGGUGCAGGAGAUGCUCUCGCGAGGAUAUCCCUCUGCUGUGGCCAGCAAGAUCGUGGACCUGGUGGGCCCUGCUUUGUCCCAGUAA